AUGUCCGACUUAUCCUCCUCCUUGGCGGCUUUCAAGAACCAGUUGAGACGCAACCCUGGGGUCGCACAGAAGCGCGUGGCGAUUCCGACGCCCGUGCUGGCGCCCGUCAAGCGUGCACUCCCGGAGAGGCCAGUGGCGCCCGCCAAGAAGCCGAAGAGUGACUUCACAGUGCCCGACCCGGCAGCGAACAACUCGUCCGCACACUUGUCGACCAACCUUCACUUGGCGGUGGAGUACAUCAAGCAGAGCGGCCAGCCCGUGCGCGUGGAUAAGCUUCAAGGCUACCUCUCGGAGGUGCCCAACAUCUACGAUAAAUUGCUCCCGUUGGUGAAGGACAUUGACCGCAUCAAGUAUGACGAAGACAGAGACACGUUGCAGUACAUCUCGUACCACAACAUCAAGGAUGCGGAUGACUUGUUACGCUACUUGCGCUCACAGUCCACGUUCAAGGGUAUCUCCGUCAAGGAAUUGAAGGACGGCUGGCCCGGCUGCCUCGACGCCAUCAACGAGCUCGAGACCCAGGGCAAAAUUUUAGUGUCGCGUACCAAGAAAGAAAACUCACCGCGACUCAUCUGGGCCAACGUGGGCUCGUCCUUGAACGAGGUUGACGAGGAGUUCGUCGCCAUGUGGAAUCGUAUCAGGUUGCCGGAACCAGACUUGAUCUAUCAGUCGCUCAUCGACCAGGGCUUGAAGCCAACAAGCAUGGACCCGAAUGUCUUGAAAAAGAAGCAGCAGCAACCAGAGAAGAAACAGAAAAAGGUGAGAAGGGGGAAGAUCACAAACACGCAUAUGAAGGGGAUUUUAAAGGACUAUUCAUAG